UUGGUGGCUCCUAAAAGAGCCGUUUGUUUUGGCGGAAAACCCACUAAAGUGAGUUUACUUGCUGCUGGUGUACUUGGUCACAGCCUUAGUUCCUUCACUCACGGCGUGUUUAGCCAGUUCACCGGGCAAAAGCAGCCUGAUGGCGGUCUGGAUCUCGCGAGAGCUGAUGGUCGACUUCUUGUUGUAAUGGGCAAGGCGGGAAGCUUCGGUGGCGAUGCGCUCGAAGAUGUCGUUGACGAACGAGUUCAUGAUGCCCAUGGCUUUGCUGGAGAUACCAGUGUCAGGGUGAACUUGCUUCAACACCUUGUAGAUGUAGAUAGCAUAGCUUUCCCUUCUCUUUCCUCUCCUCUUCUUCUUUCCAUCAGCAAUGGCUUUAGCCUUUCCGGCUUUCUUCUCGCCUUUCUUUCCUGCAACUUUAGCUGGCAUCUUGAUAAAUCACAAAGAUGAAUAGAUGAGCAGCGCAACUCGUCUUGUAUUUAUAACAGAAACGUAAGAGGAUCUAUUAUCAUACGGAUCGAAAUUCUCGAUAAAUGAUUGGCUCAUUGCUUUGCUAACAUUGGGGUCAAUUAGCAAAGCAUUCUUUCUUUAUUUAGGGAUUAAGCUCAUUGAAAACUAACAACCGAUUGGUGCUUUUCGAUCCUAUCUGCAUGAUAAACGAACUAUAAAUACAAGAGUUGGAGGUCAAAAAUACUAUUGAUCCGUUGAAUCUUGUAUGUAACAUCAUGUCUGGUCGCGGUAAAGGUAAAGCUAAGGGCACCAAGUCCAAGAGCCGCUCAUCACGAGCAGGGCUACAAUUCCCUGUAGGUCGAAUCCACCGUCUUCUCCGCAAAGGCAAUUAUGCUGAGCGAGUUGGCGCCGGUGCUCCGGUGUACUUGGCUGCGGUGCUUGAAUAUUUGAGCGCUGAGAUCCUCGAGUUGGCGGGCAACGCUGCUCGUGACAACAAGAAGACAAGAAUCAUUCCCCGUCACCUUCAGCUGGCUGUGCGUAAUGACGAAGAGUUAAACAAACUGCUGGCCGGUGUCACUAUUGCCCAGGGAGGCGUUCUUCCUAACAUUCAGGCUGUGCUUCUACCCAAGAAGACCGAGAAGAAAGCCAAGGCUUAAAUCGGCUAUAAUUCACUAAAACGGCUCCUUUAGGAGCCACCAAGUACGACAAAAGUCUUGACCAAUGAGCGAAAUAACACACAAGUACCAACUAAAUAUUAACCUAUUUUAAUAAGCAAUAAUAAGACUCUCCAGCGUAGUGCAAAAAAUUCCUUUUUCUGAGAUGUUCCCAAGAUCUGAAUUUGAGAUUUUUCCUUCAAGCUACACCAUUGUUAUCAGUUUGAUUUGCCCCUCUGGGUAAGCUCACGAUAUCAGUGAACGUUGCAGUAAUUUGCGCCAAAACUCGGUCUAAGAUAACUCAAUUCCCAUAGACAAUUCAAUUCUCGUUGACCUCCUAUAUGCGAACACCUUUUUUUCUAUGCUAUAUUGCUCCUGAGAUCUGUGCGCUAAUAAGGCGCAGAGUUAAAACCGAAGUAUGUGAAGAUUAUUUGAUCGCAUGAGGAAUUAAAUCCUUUUUUUUCAUGAAAGUUAUUUCAUCAGCGUGAAAUACAGUGUUUAGUCAGCUUUUAUUUUUCAAUAAGAUAAAAUGGGAUCAACGCUUCAUGCGUGAAGGCAUCUUUCUGAACGGUCGUCAUGGGCAAUUGAUCACUCUAGAAAUUGCGCCAAAACCCGAUAUGCAAAUUUUUCCCAAUGAUAAGACGCUAACACUCACCAAACAACAUUUAACCCUCUUUUAAAAAUAACUUUUCAUCAUAUUUUUCAAGAGUGCAAUUGAGGUUCGCAGUAAAUACUAUCCAAUACGUUUAUGCGCAGCUUCGUGGCAAACUGUUGAGUUGUGCGCGAGCGUGAAGAGGUGGAGAGAGUGUGACAGCCGAAAAGGUUGUGUAGCUUACUAUCGCCAAGAGUAAGAUGACCUAAGAUGUUACUUUCAAGAGGCGGGAAUUAACUAUUUAAGUUUUAUUGGUCAAGACUUUUAUAAGAUUUGGUGGCUCCUAAAGGAGCCGUUUUUUUUGUUUCAGAAGGGUCUGUCUAACCACCGAAUCCGUACAGAGUGCGGCCUUGUCUCUUCAAAGCGUACACCACAUCCAUGGCUGUCACAGUCUUUCUCUUGGCGUGCUCGGUGUAUGUCACAGCAUCACGGAUCACGUUCUCAAGGAAGACUUUAAGAACACCACGGGUCUCCUCGUAGAUCAGGCCAGAGAUUCGCUUUACACCGCCUCGGCGAGCAAGACGACGGAUGGCUGGCUUGGUGAUACCUUGGAUGUUAUCACGAAGGAUUUUUCGGUGACGCUUCGCGCCUCCUUUACCGAGACCUUUACCUCCUUUACCGCGACCAGACAUGUCAGUGGAUUCAACUAGAACUGAAAUAUGUUACUGCUGUAAACCAUGGGUUUAUAUACACAGACGGAUGACCUCGUAGAAAACAAGACAUCCAUGAGUAUUCUCAUUGGUUAAGAGCUUGUAUAUAGAUACAGUUUUAUUACCAUACAUUACAAUAAAUCCACACUAGAAGCACAAGACUUACUUUAUGGAAAACAGAAUUGUUCUUUUCCACUGGUAAUUCCAAAAUCAAAUCUCAAGUAACAAAUGUUCCAAAAUAUUUUGUCAUUUGUAAGUCUUAUGUCAGGAUAGUAUGAAUAAAGCUGGAAAAAAAUACAUCAUCAUCAUUUGGAUCCAAAUGCGACCACAGAUCUGUGAAAUUAUUCAGGGUUGCUGGAUUUAGCCAAUCAAACAUCUUAAUUUUUGAACCAAUCAGAAAGAAGCCCGCCAGAUAUAAAUAUAUUACUCUUCAAACUUCGGUUAUCUUUCUCGAAACCGUUGGAAACAUGGCUCGUACCAAGCAAACUGCACGAAAAUCAACUGGUGGAAAAGCUCCACGAAAACAGCUCGCCACUAAGGCAGCUCGUAAGAGCGCUCCUGCUACUGGUGGAGUCAAGAAACCUCAUCGUUACAGGCCUGGUACGGUCGCUCUUCGUGAGAUCCGUCGUUACCAGAAAUCCACCGAGCUGUUGAUCCGCAAGCUGCCCUUCCAGCGUCUUGUGCGAGAAAUCGCUCAAGAUUUCAAGACAGAUCUGCGUUUCCAAAGCUCGGCUGUGAUGGCCCUUCAAGAAGCUAGCGAGGCUUACCUUGUUGGUCUGUUUGAAGACACCAACUUGUGCGCCAUCCACGCCAAGCGUGUCACGAUCAUGCCUAAGGACAUUCAGUUGGCCCGCCGAAUCCGCGGAGAACGAGCUUAAGUGAAGAACUUCCACAAAACAAACGGCUCCUAUAGGAGCCACCACAUGAAUAAAAGCAAUGACCAAUAAAGUUUAUAAAAUAUAGGCAACAACUGAUAUCGAAGGGUCAGAUAUGCUUUGCUCGUAAAUUUGGAUAUAGGAUGCUUAUGAGCGUCACCUCUGAAAUUACAAAAUUAUAAUGAAAGUUUCAUCUUGUUCACUAUGAUAAAUAAUAGCUUAAAAGAUUUCCUUAGACUUCUCUUCCAUCAACAGGUGAUACAUGCCAAGAAUUAAAGGCUUACAAAGGUCGAGAGAAGUUCAUAACACAAGCUUCCUGUUUCAAAUCUCUAAAGCGUAAGAAAGAAAAACAGGCACACUUUUAACAGUAUUCAGGGUGCACUAUUUAUCUCUUGAACAUCAAAGAAAUUUUAAGAAGUUCAGUCGAUAAGCCGGCGAUAUCUUCGAUGCUCUGACUAUAAGCAGGUAGCAUAAUGGCCAAAAUUAUGCCGGCAUAUAUAAUUUAUAUGACCCUGCUUACGAGACCUGAAAUUGCUACAUUCAAUGGAAAAAAAAGUCGAUCAUAGUCACAUUUGCCAUGCAAUAACCGUCAAUAUCUAGAUUACUUGGAAUGUGCUUCAAAACCCAUUAUUUUAAAAGUUGUCCGCCUGGAGAAUUCAAUCACUGUUCACGCUCUAACGGAAUAUGCUCUACUGCCAAAACUAGCCGCCUAGCUAACAAAAACUGUCACAAAAAGCCGAGGAGUCCGCGAGAUUGAAGCGGUUAAUUCAGGGCUCUCCUCGAGUCUAUAAAGGAUUGUCUUCAACAUGUAGUUUAUUAACGAACACCUCAGCUACUACUGUUUAUAUUCGUGAGAAAUAUAAAUGCGAAAAGAAAUAUAGCAUUCGCGAUAAAUCUUUCUCUCGGUUCUUACUCCCUUGUGGCAAAAUUGACUCACGUACGUAGGAAGAUUUUGCGCGCAUUUUGCCUUGAAUAACGAACGAGUAGAAUUUUCAACCUUGUGGCUUUUAAUUAUCCAAUGUUUUUUCUCUGUUGUAAGAUCGUAAAUUUUAUAGUUAUAGCUGAGUCGAUCGAUGGGCAUAUUAAAGUUUACUUAGGUUUUUCGUAUUCAGAGGCCAUGUGUUGUGGGAUUGUGUUUGGCUUCGAAAUAGUCGUAACUUCUUGAAAUCUUGCUGUGGUCGCUUCAGUUCCCAACUUAUUUCUUUUAAUUUCUCAAACUUUCCAAAAUUACAUAUUUUCACUGUUUUAGUUCAGGACUUAACAGCGAAUAAAUCACUGAGACGCGAACACAAUAAGAGAGAGCGACAUGAUGGCCGAUUGAUAAACUUAAAUAGUGAAGUUAAUUCAGACGAACAGAUCGGUCCUGGCACGCCAAUUCUCCAAAAUUCAUAGCAUUUUACAAGAAAUCCUUCAUGUAGUUUCCUCAAUGAAUCAAAUAAACCCAAAAUUUCCCUGUUUUCUCAUUUCAUUUUGAAUAGUUGGUUGGAUAUGAAAAUCUUUCACGCGGAAAACAGAGGCAAAGAGAAGACUGAUCUGUCUUUGUCUUUGUUGUUCAUAUAUAAAUGCCAUUUAUCCAUGGGAAAUUGUAGAUCAGUGCAAUUUAAGGGUAAAAAUUGAUUGUAAGGGAGUUCUUCUUUCUUAAAAUGAUCUAUUUUAUGGAAAACAACGCUCAAUACGGAUGUUAUUUGACUCUAUUAACGAAAUGUUUUCAAAAAUCUUCGUGUUGUUGUACUUUUUUCGCUGAAAAUAACAUACUUAGCGGGUCUUUAAUGAAAUAUGUUUAACACGAACUUCUUAAAUGGAUAUAAAAGUUAUCUUUUUAAGAUCGUGAUUACAAUAAUAACGAUAAAAUACCAUCCCAUGGACCAAAACGUGAAGUGAACUAGCACAAAAUUACACGACGCCAUGUUGUUCGCAUUUGUUUUCUCGGCGGUCCGCAUUUAGCGCAUAUAGAUCGCGGCGAACCUCUAUCGGUCAUCGAUUUACUAGUAUUACUGAGACACUCGAUUCGAAACCAUGUCCGAGGCAAAGACGAAGAAGCCGGCCGAGAAAAAGCCUGCCGAACAUCCACCUUAUAUAGAUAUGAUCAAAGCUGCGAUCUUAGCGUUGAAAGAACGAAACGGUUCAUCGCGCCAAGCCAUCGAGAAGUAUAUCAAGGCUAACUACAAGGUUGGUGAGAUCGGUCCACACCUGAAGAUGGCUUUGAAGAGGGGUGCUGCUAGUGGAAAGCUUCUUCACACUAAAGGAGUCGGUGCUUCUGGUUCUUUCAAGCUACCAAAGGAAGAGAAGAAGCCGAAGAAAAAGCCAGCUGCAAAGAAGAAGCCUGCUGCCAAACCAAAGAAGCCCGCCGCUAAGAAAGCAGCAAAGAAACCAGCGGCGAAGAAGGUUGCAAAGAAACCCGCGGCCAAAAAGGCAGCGGCGAAGAAACCUGCAGCUAAAAAGCCAGCAGCGAAGAAACCAGCCGCUAAAAAACCAGCUGCUAAAAAGCCCGCAGCAAAGAAGCCUGCAGCAAAGAAGCCCGCAGCUAAAAAGCCCGCCAAAAAGGCAGUGAAAUCUCCAAAGAAGUCCGCCAAGAAGUAG